ACCCACUAGAUCCACCAGAUCCACCAGCUGCGUGUUUUUCCAGCCGUGUUUUCGUGAGAUGAUGAGGAAGAUGGAUUCAUCAGCAGCAGGCUCCUUGUUCCUGAGAAGCACCUCCACUGUGUCCCUCAACCAGCGCUUCUCUCAGGUGCUGGUGGACCAGCGGACCAGGUCCAGGAGGGGGCGUGGCUCCUCUGCGGUGCUUCUGCUGACUCGUGACUCGUGUCAGUGUAAGACGAGGCGCAGCGUGUGGACUCGACUCGGCUGGCAGCAGGUGACUCGGCGCUUCUCCACCUACAGACUUCGAGGCUUCUGGAGCUUCAGGAACAAGUACAGAUGGAGAACAGGCUUCAUCUCCACCUACCGGGGGCGAGGUAACCUUCAGAGGCGAUUUGUGAGGAAGAGAAACGUCAAGAAACUUCCUGCAGGACGGACGCACCUGCGGAGGGGCGGGGCCACUGCCUCCAGGGGGCGUGGCCUGAGCAGAGCCCAGGUCCCGACCCGGAGCGAGCUGGACGCGGAGCUGGACGACUACAUGUCCAUGUCCCGCAGCCGCCUGGACGCCCAGCUGGACGACUACAUGGCGAAGGCGGGACAGACGAGCCCGGCGGCGCCCUGGAUCGAGGCGGCGGCGGCCUGGAGCGAGGCGGCGGCGCCCUGGAGCGAGGCGGCGGCGCCCUGGAGCGAGGCGGCGGCGGCGCCCGUCUUCCCUCCCGUCUGA